GAAGGAGGGAGAGAUAAACAGCAGCACACAGCCGACGACCACACAAUGACGGCGACGCUCGCGCUUCCCUCUUGCGUCUGACGUCACUUCCGUUUCUCCGGGCAACAGGGAGACGCGCAGAGGAGAGGAGUCGCGAAAUGGCUGAAGUUGAGGAGACACUGAAGAGGAUCGAAGCCUAUAAAGGUGUGAUUGGAACAAUAGUUGUCAAUGCAGAAGGUAUCCCCAUCAGAACAACUUUAGAUAACUCCACAACGGUUCAGUAUGCACGACUCCUUCGUCAACUCGCGAUGAUAGCCAGGAGCACGGUGAGAGAUAUUGACCCUCAGAAUGACCUCACCUUCCUACGCAUCCGCUCCAAGAAACAUGAGAUCAUGGUCACACCAGAGAAUGACUAUCUGCUGAUAGUCAUCCAGAGCCCAUGUGAUUAGCUGCCGGACAUUUCCAUGAGUCAGCCCUUGGUUCGUCACAUAGUGCUGCUUUCACCCUACUGUUGCCUCAUGUACUGCAUGAUCCCUCUUUUCCUCUUUUGAACUGAAGCACGUUGACUAUACGUCUGUGAAGUUAAACUGAGGGUGGACUCUGCAUUCAGCUCUAUGGAAUCACCAAACGCUUGUAUGCUUUACCCAAUGAGAGUGGCAGAUGGCCCUGAGCUUAGGAAACUGUUUUUUGCCAUGGUUUGUGAUCAUUUGUCCCCACGGAGAGAAGGGUUCCUGAAUAUCACAGUGUAUAAGUGUUACAGUUAGUAAACGCCCAGUAUUGCAACAAUUACUUUAGUGACAGUGUAGGUAUUAUUAGAAGAAUAACCACAAAGUAUCUUCAGUAAAAGUACUCAUUAUUCAAAUGGGCCCUCUCAGUGUUAUAUAAUCAUGUAUCAUCAAUUUGUCACUACUGAUGUAUUUUGGUAAAAGAAGCAUUUGAAUGUUGUAGCAAAUCAAGAUGGAACUUUGUUAUGCUAAUUAGGUUAUACUUAAUCAAUAGCAACUCAUUACAUUUUAUAAAGAUACCCCUCACCCUCAUGUUGAUUUUGUUGUACCAAUACCAGGGUUGGGUAAAUGAUCAUUGUUAGUACUUAGUAGACUUAGUCCAUAGAACUAAUAUAAUGGAGGUAUGAAGUAUAAAGUCACAUAAAAUGGAGAAAAAAAAUGUAUCUUAAAAAAUGAACAUGGUCGGGCUGUGGCAGGAAAAGGCUUUGGCCUUGCUUUUUAUACUAUAUGGAGAAACAAAGGAGUCAUUCGAGGGCCUGGAGAGUAAAUAUUCUGUUAAACAUUAUGAUACCAAAAAAACCACAGGCUCUAAUUGUGUCUUUCUUGGAAAGCCAGAGGAAAUGUAUUUAAGAGGGAAAAAAGGAACACAAACUGUUCCUGUGGGUAAAUGGAAGUGUACUUGCUUUUCCCCCCUACUCGUUUAUCCUAUACUUAAAAAUAAAAGAAAUUUAAAAAAUCA